GUGGUCCUCUGUUCUCGCCGCCUUGACGUCCUCCUGCUUGCCGCCUUGCCGUACUGAGUUCCUGCCACAUCGCCGUCCUCCGUUCUGAUCGGUUCGCCAUCCUCCUUUCAUCGAAUCAGGCUUCAUUGUUCAGGACUGCCGCUAUACUGGUUGAACCACACUUGAAUUGGUUGAACUAGUAAACCGAUGAACUAAUAGCUUGAACGGUUUGAUUACCAGUUCGUCACUUCGGUUUUCAGAACCUUGUGUGUGAUUUUCCCAAUUUCAAUUCCAAUCAACUGUUGCGGUGGCCGGGAUCAGAUGACAUCAGCUACGGCUAUGGCUGCUACUGUCUCUCACAUUCACCCUCAGCUCUCUUGCUCCGCCUCCCUUCACUCUCACCGCACACUGCUUCGACGUUUCCACCUUCCAUCUCCUUCCGUUCGCUCCAAGUUAUCAGUUGUUAUGUGUCUGGAGAGGCAUAGCACAGAUACUGCCGGUUCUGAUACCAAAACUACACUAAGUUAUGCAACUGAUGCAAAAGAAAACCAUGAUACUGAAAAGAUAAGCUCCGGAGAGACAGCAACAGAGGGCAUCAGUCAACAGAAAGGGACUGCGAAAAUUCACGAUUUUUGUUUAGGCAUUCCCUUUGGUGGAUUUGUUCUAACUGGAGGGAUUAUUGGAUUCCUGUUUUCACGGAGUACUGCAACACUCACCAGUGGUGUGAUAUUUGGCGGUGCUUUACUAUUUUUUAGCACCCUCAGCUUGAAGGUCUGGAGGAAAGGAAAAUCAAGUUUACCAUUUAUUCUAGCACAAGCAGCAUUGGCAGGGAUCCUUAUCUGGAAGAACUUUCAGAGCUACUCAUUGGCAAAGAAAAUAUUUCCAACUGGCUUCAGUGCUAUUUUAAGUUCUGCAAUGCUCUGUUUUUAUUUGUAUGUGCUUAUCUCUGGAGGAAACCCACCGCCUAAGAAAUUGAAGCCAUCUGCCAGCGUUGCAUGAUGAGAUAACGAAGCUUGUGUUAGCCUAUGUGAUAUGGGACAUAUGGUUGUUUUGCUGCAAAUUGAAGUAAGGUUGUAAGCUAGUUUGAUUAAGUCACUUAUGAAAGUAGGUCAGCAAAGAGGUGCCAAUGUGAUUAUUGCUUUGGAUUCCAAGGCACUUAUUCUAUACCAAUAAAAUGAAAUUUGAUGAAAAACCCUAUUUGCAAUUUAUACUCAACAUAGGUGCUUACUAAAUUGCAUAUGCAUUUAGCAUGAAAUUUGGACCCAAGAUAGGAAAUGGAUUGUGACAGUGAGUGAAAAUUUAGUCAACAUGAUCAUGUAUUGAUUACAGGCCAUUUAUAUGAUUCUCUUGUC